AUGGAAGUUAUGGGAAACUGUCAUGGUGGUCAAGAGCACGUGGGUCUAAGGUUCACUAUUGACUACCUGCUGUUCAACAAGGGAAGCCAGGACUCAGGAAAAGAGUCCAGCAAUCAGAGUCCCAUAACAAACAGGAGUCCCUGUCGCAUCGCACCUGACCCAAGUCCACGAGUCUCUACAGCACAAGAUGACCUCAAGCUGCAGACAGUACAACACAGAGACUCAGAGGGGCCAGAGGACGACAAUGGAAAGGAGAUGGUGAGUGGGACUUCUGCUCCAGAGAACCUUCUGGACAAGCCAGCACAUUCCUACCUCGCUCUGAUCUCGAUGGCGAUCCUUGCCUCAAAAGAAAAAAGACUCUUGCUGUGCGACAUCUACCAAUGGAUUCUGGAGCAUUACCCCUACUUCAAGAGUAAGGAUAAGAACUGGAAGAACAGCGUGCGUCACAACCUGUCUCUGAACGAGUGCUUCGUCAAAGCGGGCCGCAGUGACAACGGCAAGGGCCACUUCUGGGCCAUCCACCCCGCCAACUUGCACGACUUUUCCCGAGGGGAUUUCCACCGUCGGCGCGCCCGCAGAAGGGUCCGCGGCAUGCCGGCCCAGCUCGCAUUCCCCCUGCCCUCUCCAUAUCUCCCGCCACGCCACCCCAGGAACUCCGCCUAUUGCUUCUGCCCCCCGAGCCACCAGCUUGCCUGCUGUUCUGCCAGUAUCAGCUGGAACUGGCACUGCCUGGGUGCUAUGGGCCUGCCAGGCCAUUCUUCAUAUCGCUGCAGUAAUUACUACACAGCUAUUUAA